AGAGGAUCCUACUUUCCGUCUGCUGUUAUCUACUCCGUGGUCGAAACUCAAUGGAAAAAUGAACACGAAUUACGACGGAUGAAAGCAUCAAAAAGGGCUAUCUGUCUCUCGGCUAUCCAACUGUCCAAUCCUCCAAGGUGCCGACUCACUAAGACAAGUGCAUGUCCCAAUCAUAACCGACUGUCUCUCGCAGCCUCGCUUACUUUAGUUUUGAUGAUCCUCCGGUCUCCCCCCUCCUUCAUCUUUAUUUAAUUUCCAGUUGAUCACUCUUCAAAUCUCGCCCCCCCUUGGUGAUUCUCGAACCCAACAAUCCUUAUCAAUGUUGUCUUUCUCCCACUCCGCAAACUGCCUCUAGCAAUAAUAUCAUAAUCAUUAUGGGCUUAUUUAAUCGACUUAGACGGCGUUCCAAGAGCCACAGCCGUGCGGGGAAUGCGGCCAGCUAUGAACAUCUCCGCAUCUCUCCCGAUCAUAGUGUCCCCCCAGUUCCCACGUUAAGGCGAGACGUCACCAAGAUCCUUCCUCCUCCGGUUCUAGCGCGAAUCUUUGCUUUUGUCUGUCCCCAUGCAGCGGACAGCAGCUAUGCGACUUCGGAGGAGUCCAUGACCGAGGAUGGCUGCAUGCUCUGUGACAUGCGCGACCUAGCACACUGUGCUGUGGUGUGCAAGCGGUGGUAUCCGGCUGCUCGAAGUGUAUUGUACUCCAAUGUCCGCAUCGAUGCCGUCCACUACUGCGAACUCGAAGUCCAACUGGCAGCCAGGCGAAAGCGCCGUUCCUUCUUUGACCGCAAUGGCGAUCCCAUUGAUGCACCCCAGGCCCGGUUGGAGUUAUUCAUGCGCUCGGUGCGAAAUUCACAUGAGCUGGGAAACAUGGUCUUAUCUCUGCGAAUGCCAUACAUGACGCGUGAAGCAAACAAGGCGGGCAUUGCCCGAACGAUCUCCGUGUGCCCCAACCUCCGAUAUGUGGACUUGCCGGCUGGCCUAUACAGCGAUGACCCGACAUGUCUUGCCCUGAAGCAAGAACUCAUGGCCCGUUGUCCCGAUAUACGCCGCAUGGCCUAUCGCCAUGGCUGCGAAGGAAGCUUCUCGCAGUUGCCAGGAUCUCGUUUGUGGAUGAACCUGGAAAUCUUGGAGUUGUCGCGACUCCAAAUCGAGCCAAACAUUCUUCGCUUUGGUCUGGGCGCUUUUCCCUAUCUGCGUGAAUUGACAUUGGAAGAGCUUCCUUGGCUUGAUGAUUCCGCUUUUAGACACUCUCAAUCACUGCCUCCAUUCCCAGCCGUCCAACGGCUUACACUUCGAGAUACCCCAAAGGUCACGGCAAGCGGGCUUGCCGCAUUCUUCUCACUUCCUGUGAAUCGCAAAUCACUACAUUAUCUGACUUUGUCGGCCACCGGAGUGCUUCCAUCCACUCUGUAUCAAAUUCUAGCUUCGGCGCCAUGUCUGCAAGGACUUUUCUUCAUUCAAGAAGUAUCCCGAUCCUUUCCCACGGAACAGGUACCACCGUUGGCGUCAACAUCGCUCAACAUGCUGCACUAUGAGAUCACUUCUUCGAACACAUCUUAUGGUCUACCACCUAUUGCAGCCUCAUACUAUACCUACCUGAUCUCUUCUUUAAUGUCAAAUUGUCUUCCAGCUUUACGCGAUCUGUAUGUUCGCGACGCCAGCUUCCCAGAAGCGCUGCUACUUGCGCCUCCACCUCGAAUCUUCGGAGGUGGUGAAAACGGCCCGCAAAUCCCUUCUGGCGGUCUCUCGCAGCCCCUCAAUGUGUACAGCAAGGGAUUGGACGAACUGGAAUGGAACUUUACUCCGUAUGAGCCGCCUCAGACGCGCGGCCGGCGGGAGAGCACGACACGUCCGGUGAGCUUCCAUGACGCACAAUUGAGUCGAUCUUGGGGAGGAGACGCAAGGAAGAGUGUCCUCGUCGGAAAUGGGUUCGGCGGAUUUCUCGCCGUACCUGUCGAUGACGAUCGUCCGAAGAGUAGUGGGGGCUGGAGACGUCAAAGUCGGCAAGACUUAUGGCGGUGAUUCUGCUGAUCAUUCCAAGGGGGCGUGGGCGUGUGACAUAAGUGAUAUAUGACCAACCACGGAAUAAUGGCAUAAUGAUAUAC